GGCGUGAGAUGUUUGAAUGAUCGAGGGAGUGGAGGCUGCGAGGGGGUGCCAGCACCUCGGCCAGCACUCGCCUGCCUCCUCUUAUGGCGCCACACGUGUAUAUGAUGCAGGGUGAUUGGAACUGCAGGUUAUGUCAAUUGCUGGAGAUGUUAGAGGAAUAUCAAGAAGAUGUCAUGUACCAGGAUGUGGUGCCUCUUCUCCAGGUGUGGUUGUGUACUCAGUAAGAAAGAGCAAGGAUGAGGAAGGCCACCGGCGUUGGAUGAUGGUGUUGGGGCUAGAUGAUGUUCGCUUGGCUGUCCAUGCAUGUCAAAGACACUUCCCAGCAGGAGCACCAACACGCAAUCAUCCAGAUCCGAACCCUAACUUAUUUAAUCCUAUACCAAACCAGGUUACACAAAAUGGAUGCUCAUCUAUAACCUGUGGAUCAAAUAUCCCACCGAUCUUUAACACCUCAGCUGACGGGACACCACUUGGACCCAAUGGCCAGCCUUUACCAGCUCCGGUUCAGCCACCUCCUGGCUCAGUUACCAAAUUAGCUCCAAAUGCUACACUCAUUGAUUUGAAUAAGAUUAAGAAGGACCAUGAUGGAGACAGACCAUUUAGAAUUGAGCAAGUUACUGUUCUUAUUGAUGAAACUGAUGAUGUAAAGGUAGUUGGUUAUGGACCACGAGAUCCUCUAAAUGUAUCUCCUGUGGAGAGAGUCCCGGGUCGUCUGGGAAGGCCAAGGAAAGUACAACCACCUCCUCCCCCAAUGUGGGACGAUGGAGGGGCUACUGAUGGGCUAGAGGAUGUAGCAACGGAACCAUCUUAUCAUCAGUUUGGGGACCCGUCUCUCGGCAAUGCCUUAGAGCAGAUGAGGCAAUUACGUAUUGACUGUAACACUGCUCUUGUUGAUAUGGAUAAACGACAAAUGGUUUACGCCCAUCGAGCUGUCCUAGUUGCUCGAAGCCCUUACUUUUAUCGACAAAUGUAUCUUCGUAGGAAGAAACUAAAGUACCUAUACCAGUUUUGCCGGUUCACUCUCCCUAUUGAUGUAAAUUUUGAUGUUGUGGAUGCGGUUGUGUCAUAUAUGUAUACAGGUUCAAUGACCACCCUAUGGGGUAAGGGUACUGCCUCCAUCAGGAAAGUUCUCAGUCUUUUUGAAAUGAAGGAAGCCUUGGAACUGUAUGAUCAGGAAGUGGCUGGAAGAGAGGUAGAGGAAAAGGAACCCCGUCGUGCUAGAAAACGAAUCAAACGAGAACACGGUGAGGACAAUCUAGAGAAUCUGGUUUUGCCACUUUUGUCUGAAACUGGUGAGACAGUGGAUGGGACCGGUGGGGACGAAGGAUUCAGGGGAGAGGAACGACGAAGAAGAAGAAAAGCUAUUGAUAGUGAUGUGGGAGAUGAUGUCCAUGGCAAGAUGAAGGUGUCAGUUCAGAAAAUUGUAGAUAGUGCAUUAACACCAUUUCUGGGAAAGAUUGAGGAACUCUUUGAUCCUUCUGCUUCAACACUGCAGAUUGCUAGAACAUCACAGCAUAUAAUAACACUGUGGCAUGCAGAUAUUUUGCUUACCAAACUUUUUGAUCAGAAUGAACUUACAAAAUUUUUCUCAGAAGUUAUGAAUGAAGUCCUAGAGAAGAAUAACUUGAUGCAUCAACAAGGAAGGGCAGAUGGGGAAGGAAGUGGAUUUAAUGUGGAAAUAUUGGUCACUCAUACUGGAAACCCUUUAAUAGAUGAGGCUUAUAACAAGGCAUCAAUAGGUGAUCCAGUGGUGCAGGAAGUAGAAACCAUAACAGUAGGAGAUAUGCAGAUCAUCAAUUAUCAUCAAAUUGAUCCACAACACAUUUCUAAAUAUGUGCAUAUGAUAGCAAUGUAUCGAUAUCGGAUUCGAAUGGGAAGAAAAGCAGUUGGGAGGGCAGAUGCAGGUAGUGGAGGUACAGGUUCUAGCAGUAAGGAUACAUUAAUGCCUCCAUUACUUGAAGGCGAUGUUUUGCCUGAUGAUUCCUCUACACCACAAGACCUUGAUGAUCUUGUGAACAGAAUAGCAGGUAAUGGAGAUGAGCUUCUGUCAGGCCCUGGAAGUGCUUUGACACGCGCUUGCUUUCAGCACGUAAGUAUAGAUUUAAAACGGAGAGCAGUGUCUGAUCUUGAACUUUAUGUGAACCCGUCAUUUCAUGAGGAGUUGAUCAUGCACAUAAUGGUGGAUCAAGUAGAAGAGCAAGGAAUACUUCCUCUAAGCCUUGCUGUAUUCUUGGCGAAAGGCUGCAACUUUUGCCGUAAGAAAGAAUGCAAAGGUGAAGAUUUGACACUGCCAAUUAGUCCUGAUAAUCCCGUUUGCCCUGAUCGCCAGUGUAUUAAACGAAACCUUAUUUGUGAAAUGUGUAAUAAGCAAAUGUCCAAUUCAAAGUCAUUAGCAAGGCACAAAUAUAGUUUGCAUGAUAUACAAGUAGGAGAUACAGGAGGGCUCUUCAUAUGCAGUCAUUGCGGGGAAACAUUUAGCAAAAAGUGGAAGCUUAACAUGCAUGAACGACAGCAUGAAGAUCGUAAAUUAGAAGUUGCUUGCCAGAUAUGUGGCAAAGUUAUGCGGGGUGCCAUGGCUCUUAAAAAACAUGUCAGCAUGGUUCAUGAAACUAGACCACAGUUUCAAUGUGACUUUUGCUCAAAGAGCUUUAAGCGGAAAGAAACUUUAAAUGUUCAUCUUAGAAUUCAUACUGGAGAGAAGCCAUUCCCUUGUAAUCGAUGCGAAUAUGCAUCUGAAACCAAAGGUAAUCUGAAGGCUCACAUGUGGCGUAAGCACAAGAUUCAGUUAGGGGACCCAUCUACAGAACAGCAGCUACAAGCAGCAGACGAACAGGCUAUGGCAGCCACAUUAGUUGCUCAUGCUCAUACUUUAGCUGAUGGGUCAUUUAUCAUUGCUGAGGGUACUGCUCCUUCUGGCACUAUUAUAACUUAGGAUCAUUAUAACUUUGGAAAGAAAAUUACAAUUCUCAUAAAAAGUAAAAAAUUUCAUCUUUGUAUAUAAAUUAUAUAUACUGUAUGAUAAUCUCUGCAGUCUAAUAUUAGAAUGGAUUGAUUGAGAAGAUCAUAGUCCUGUGAGAAUUCUUGAAAGAUUGUAUUUAUACAGUACAAGAAAUUAUUGGAUUACUGAGAACUAGCCUACUAGAAAUGAAUGGAUGGACGAUAAUACUGUACAAUAACCAAACAAACAACACAGGGAAUGUUCCUAACAUUCAGCAUUAAUAAGUAAAUUUCAUUUUAAUUUGUUUCCAAGUGGCUUAGAUGUGGUGUAAUGUAAUUCUGUGGCAACUCCAAAUACAACACAGUGAUUAUGUGACAUAACAAAAUUGACGUAAGUUGUUCUUGAUUAAGUAAACUUAAAAUGUUUGAGAUAAUUUUCAUGCAAAAUGUUACCCAAGAGUGGAAGGCAAGUAAUAACUAGAUCAAAUAACUAGACUCUUAUCAUCCUAACAUACAUAUGACAAGUAAUUUGUUUCACCAGUGGCCAUUGUUUACAUUCCAGAGUAUUAUUAUUUAUAUUUUGUUAUUUAAAAGCUUCAUAUAGUUCUUUUUUAUAUAAGUAUACUUUAUAAAGCUAAACAGUGGUUACUCUGUUAUAAGAGUAUUAUUCAAAAUAAAAAAAACACAAAUCACAAUAAUUCCAAUACAAAUUGUAUUCAUGAGUAAAUAUAACUGCUCUCACCAGUAUUUAGUUAAGUUGCCUUAUUACAAGCUUGCACACAGUACAUAGUGUCAUGAGCAUGAAUUCUAUUUUACUUUGUUUUAUUGAUUCUGCUUUAGCAGAGAUAUUUAAAAAGUAUGUACUGUACGUAUACGAUUGUAAUUUUUUUUGCUUUAUUUACUCUUAUUACUUGUAUAUUUUUGUUUAUUUUUGUCUAGGUACAAGACAACGUAUGUAAAGUUGAAAAUUUACACUGUUGCAUUACCAUGAUCACAGGGAGAGACAGUGUUGCUAAGUACUGUACUUGCAGAGUUCUCUUGGUCAUGGUAAAUCCAUGAAAUAUAGUCAAAAGUUGAUAUUACAAUAAUAUUUUUUCUUUAGUCAGCUUUUUAAAAUUCAUGGAUUUCUUUAUGGUAUUUUUCCAAUUGGGUUUUGUUAAUAUUAUUAUUUUCUAUGUACAGUUCUAGUUUUCUGGUCUUUUCAUUACAAAUAUUGCAUCAAUUUAUUGCAGGUAAUAGAAUAUCAGAGAAUUGUCAUGGUACAUAAAAUCAGAUUUGCAUGGGAACCCUGAGUAAUAAUGUAAUAAUUUAAGAGCAACUGAAUGAUAAUUGCCAGCUGAAGGAAUUUUCACAGUUCAUAUUACUGUUUAGAAAACCAAAUGAUGGCUGUCAGGCUGAUGUGUGGCCUGUUUAAGUCAGCAUCCAUGUGAUCAAUCCUCAGGCUUCCAGCACCUCCUCUUAAUUGUGUAGUUAAUAUUAAGCUGUAGUCGUCAACAAAUGUACGAACAAUGUGAAAGUAAAGGGUUUGCCUUUUACGAGUAUUCAUGUUUUUGAAUAUUUGUCUGCUGUGCAGAUGACUAGGGACUUGAUACACACUUUGCAGUUUCCAGACAUUAACACUGCACUAUGUUAUUAUCCUGACAUUUGUGUGUUUUUCUUUUUUUCUGUUAUUGAGAUUUUUGCUAAAUAUCUCAAGAUCACAUCAUUACAUCAUCUUCAAUUUAAAUGUUCUUAGUUUGGAACAAAAAAGUGUGACUGAUAUUCAAGAGCAAUGUAGCCCCAUACUAAUGACAAUUUCCUUUUUUUUUAUAAUCAUUUACCAUUAAUAUGUUUAGAAUGCCUCAUUAUAUUGAAUUAAAACUUGCAACAUUACUAUAUAAUUAUAAAAUGAAUGUAACUGUUGUUGGGCAGAGUUGUUGGGCUAUGGGGCAUCUUCAUUCAUGAUUGGUUAUUGCAUUGGAUAUACAGUAUCUUCUUGGUAACGUGCUGUACAUAACAUCGGGUUAAUUACUCGCAAAUGACAUGCUGCCAUGUCCUAAUCUCAAA